AUGGCAGCGAGAGAAGUGUUCAAGCGAGUCAUUCCUCCGCUGAGUACACGCUUGCACAAAGGCCAGUCUGGAAGAAUUGGUGUUGUUGGUGGGAGUCUCGAGUACACUGGCGCUCCAUAUUAUGCUGCAAUGGCUGCACUUUAUACUGGUGUGGAUCUAUGUCAUGUGUUUUGUGCUCAAGAUGCAGCUCCUGCUAUCAAGUGCUAUUCGCCAGAACUUGUUGUUCAUCCAUCGAUAGUGUCUAAAAGAGACUGCGAGCAUUUGAAUCCAGUUGCAAUCGAUAAUUGUAUAGAAACAGCUGUAGAUCGCAUGUCACCUCUACUUUGCAGGUUAGAUUCGUUGGUUGUUGGACCUGGAUUGUCCCGAGAUCCAGUUAUGCUAGCUAUGGCAAAAAGAAUUGUUGAAAAAGUCAUUUCCCUUGGCACCCCUCUUGUAAUUGAUGCAGAUGGACUUUGCUUGGUUGAGCAAACUCCUGGUUUAGUUAUGGGAUAUCAGAAUGUAAUUUUAACCCCAAACACUAACGAGUUCAAGAGACUGUGCCAUUCUGUUAACAUUGAUGCUUCAGAAAAUUGCGAGGUGGCUGCUGUUCAGCUUAGCAAAGCCCUUGGAUCUGUGACUAUUCUCUGCAAGGGAUCCAAAGAUCUGAUUGCUACAGGAGAUGACAUUUUAUUUGUCAGUGAUCCAACAUCAUUGCGACGAUGUGGAGGACAGGGUGAUGUACUUGCAGGGAUUCUUUGUGCAUUUCUCGCAUGGAGAAACGGAUACCAAAGUGGCAGGUGGACUGCACAGGACCAAUCUACUGAUAUCUCCUUGAUGAUUGUUGCGAGUAAUGCAUCCAGUUUUGCACGGAAAUGCGCUGCCUUGGCAUUUGAAAAGCAUAAGCGGUCUAUAGUUGCAUCGAGUAUUUUAAAAGAAAUAGGACCGGCUUUUGACAGUCUAUACGACGAUGAAUUAUAA